GUUUACAGGCGCUAAAUUCUCAGCAUUAUUUUCUCCGUCUUUUGAGCAACUGAUGAUUUCUCAAUUCAAACACAUCUUUUUCACCGCCUCUCUUCGAAAAUUUCCCAAUUUCCCAUCAGUUCUCCCUCUUCCACACCUCAAAGCUUUCUCAGCAUCACACGUACUCGGAGGAAAAAUGGAAUUGGCGGAAGCACCUGACCGCACUCUUCUUCUACUCGCCGGAAAAUCCAAUGAGGAGAACGAUGUGGCGAAGGUAUUAAAGGAUAACAAUACUCUUCAACUGCGUAAAAAUGGUGAAGAAGUUGAGGUUAUUCUGCCUUCCGAGGUCGAAACGCCAUUUGAAGAUGACGCGUUUCGAAUUGGAGAAUACUUUAACUCCCUUUCGACUAAGCGUUUUGGGAGACUCCUCAUUUAUUCUCCCAAAUUGUCGUCAACUCAUGAUGUUAUUUCACAAAAUAACUCUGACUUACCAGUUGGGACAGUGUGUGUUGCUGAUGUGCAACUGAAAGGAAGAGGCCGUUCGAGUAAUUUGUGGCAAUCACCAAAGGGUUGCCUUUUGUUUUCAUUUUCAAUACAAAUGGAGGACGGCAGAGUGGUGCCACAUUUGCAGUAUGUAGUCUGUCUUGCUAUGACAGAGGCCAUUAAGGGUAUCUGUUUGGAAAAGGGCACGCCACAUCUUGAUGUUCGAAUAAAGUGGCCAAAUGAUCUAUAUUUAGGUGGCCUUAAAGUGGGAGGCAUCCUAAGCACAUCGGUAUAUAGGUCAAAGAAGUUCUAUGUUAGUGCUGGAGUUGGAUUGAAUGUGGGGAACGAGAAGCCUACUACAUGCUUGAAUGCUGCUUUGAAGAGAGUGAAUCCUCUCUCACGUGAAUUGAAAAGAGAAGAUAUCAUUGCAGCUUUUUUCAAUAAAUUUGAGAACCUUUAUGAUGUUUUCUUAAAACAAGGAUUUCAAGCUCUUGAAGAGUUGUACUAUCAGACUUGGUUACACAGUGGACAGAGGGUUAUUGUGCAGGAUAGAAGCAAUGAUCAGGACCAAUUCGUUGAAAAUGUAGUCACCAUUCAGGGUUUGACAUCCUCAGGGUAUUUAUUAGGAAUCACAGAUGAUGGUCAAAUGUGUGAGUUACACCCAGAUGGCAACAGUUUUGACUUCUUCAAAGGGCUUAUCAAAAGAAAAAUGAGCUGAAGGAGACUCAUGUUGGUGUGCCUUCUAGCAAAAUAGUUUAUCCUCUUUUCUGUUUACUUUUAGUUCACGUAUUCUAUUUUUAUUUGCUUAUUUAUUAGCUGAUUCUGUUGCACAUAAAGUCAUUUCUCAAA